GCAAAGGAGGCGCCACGUUGACGUCCGCUAACGUCACAAUACUCCCACAAUCCACCGCGGUCCUCCACAAUUGGAUCUUGUACUGAAAGUGUCAAACCCAAGAUGGCGCUUCACCGUUUAUUCAAGCUGUCCUCCGCGCUGCGCUCCGCCGUGAGCCUGACCCUGCGCCGGAACAUCGGGCUCUCUGCGGUCCUCUUCAACCGGGCCCAGGAGCUCGACCCCAUCCAGAAACUGUUCCUGGACAAGAUCCGGGACUACAAGACCAAGAGCAAGUCUUCGGGUGGCAUUGUGGAAGCAGGAGCAGCCUACCACAAGAACGUGUCUGAAGAGGUGGUCAAACUGCAGAGGCUCUAUGGCGGAGGAGACCUCGCCACGUUUCCUGACAUCAAAUUCACAGAGCCCAAGCUUGAGGAAGCGGCCAAGUGAAUGCUGUCCAUGUUGUACAUCUCCUACAUGUCACAAAUGUUGUAUUUAAUAAAAAGAUAAUGAAUUGAACCAUGA